AUGUGUAAAGUCAGAAAGUUCCUUGAACAAUAUGAAAUCUGUCUUGGAUCUUCUACAAGAUUCCUUUGUGAACGAAUCAAACAGGAGCAUGGUUUUGACAUCCUCAAAGAUCCAAUCUCUACUUGGUAUAAACCAGACCCAUGGAUUCCUCAAUAUCUCAAGAGAAUAAUUUUCAUGAACAAAUCUUCCAAUAUUAGAUUAUGGCAUUCGAUUGACCAAUGGCAUGGAAAAACUCUCAUCCCUUAUGGAAAAUUCCCUAAAGGUUUAAGACAAUUCCUGCUCUACAAAGAUUGGAACAGAUUAAGUAUGUGGAUUCCUGACCCUAAAAAUUUACAAGUGAAAUUAAACAGUAACAUCAAACAUUCCAAUCAUGUCACCCAGAUUCGCAACAUUCUCAAUAGCAUGGAUUUUGGAAAAAUCAAAGACGAAAGCAAAUACUACAAAUAUAUUGGUAACAAUACAUCCCUAUCAAACCUCUUGAACAAAGCUACACUAAUUGGUACUGAUGGAUCAUGUAACAAUAUUGCUGGAUACGGUAUUGUAACUGAUCAGAACGUUUCCAUCUCAAGUCACACCUUAGGACAAGGAACUUCCUACAACAGUGAGGUUCAAGCGCUCCACACAGUUGUUAGAUUGCUAGAUAACAACACUCCUAGAAUAGUAGUCAUAGAUGCGAAAAGUAUUUAUGAGAAGGCUCAUGAACAACUCGAGGAAUUACUUUCAACUCAACAACAUUCAGAAUUUGAUUUUAAAGGUUUGACAAAACUUCCCCCGAUAGCAGUAGAGAAGAGGAGUUUUAGCAUGAAACACCGUGAAGAGGCGAUUAAAUUAAUAGUGGACAUUUCAGGAUCAAAAAGGAGGUAA